AUGGCGGGAAGGAUGCCCACUUGCUGGUAAUAAUGGGGGUGAUACUUAGGUUCACUGGCUAGAAAAUGAAGUGAGUUAAGGACUCAUAUGUAAAGUAGAAGUUUUCAGAGAAAAAAAUCUUUUGAUUUUUUUUUUUUUUUAACGGUGGUGCUGUUAAGAGGAUAUUAACACGCAGAAUGUUGGUUUAAUUUGCUGGUAACAUGAGGGCAGUGCAGGCGAGUGUCGUAAACAUAGAUUCCUGGGCCUUGCUGUAGACUUAACUAAAUCAUAUGCUCCUUGGGAAGAGCCUAGAAAUCUGUUUUAGAAGCUCCCCAAGGUAAACAGAAUGACCAUACAACCCCGCUAUUCCACUCCUAGGCGUAGACCCAGAGGAAUUGAAAACAGGUGUUCAAACAAAAACUUGUACGUGAAAGUUCAUAGCCGCGUGAGUCACAGUAGCCAAAAGGUGGAAGCUACCCAAGUGCCCAUCAAAUGGAUGAAUGGACGACAGCAGCAGGACCAUCGGACAGUGGGAUACUGGUCAGCCCUAAGGGAGCCGAGCUCUGAGCACGCUGCAGCGUGGAGGCGCCUCGCAAACAUUACACUCAUAGCGUAGGGUUCCAUCUGGGUGAAACGUCCCGAACAGGCAAAUCCAGAGACAGGAGGCAGUUAGUGCUGCUUCGGGCUGGGGGACGGGAGGAUGGGGCGUGCCUGCUGGUGGGGACGUGCUGGGCUGUUGAAAAUGUUCUGGAACUAAGCAGUGGGGACAGUGCACAGCAUUAUGAGUGCAUGAAAUGCCACUGAACUGUACACUUGGGCUAAAAUGGUGAAUUUCAUGUAAUUUUACCAGCAAACCCCCCCACAGAUCUCCCCAGAGGAUUCUUGUGAACAGGCCAGGUGGGAGCCCCCGGCUCGGAGAUGGGGAGAGGCUCUCCGGCCCCCCAGACCACACGUCAGCAUGGAUCUGGGGGUCAGGAUCCAGGUGACCUGGAUCCAGGUGACCAGGAUCCAGCCCACCCGCUGCCCUGCGACUCAGCCUCCAGUCUGGCCGCUGAUGCCUCCCGGGGGCCUCUUCCUUUGGAUACAGUGGGUGGAGGAGGGUCAACGUUAAGACUGUGUGAAGAUGCUCCCUUUCACUUUCCAACCCAAGGUGCAGUUUUCUUUUCCUUCACCCAGAGUGGGACUCCGGAUCAUGACUCAGGGCACCAGCCCUUCAAAAAGAGGGAGGGGACAGCAAGGCCUGUGCCCUUGGGCUGUGUGUCACCUGGAGGCCUCUGCUCUGCGGCUGGGAAAAGACCCCUGCUGUUGAGCUUGGGGGUCGGGGGGUGGGGACGCCAUGGGCCUCCAGCCUCUCAGAGGUGCCCGACCACCAGCACUCAGGAUGCUGGGUGUGUCCGUUUCCUGCUGCCACUAUAACCAGUUACCAGGAAGCAGUGGCCUGAAACAGCACAUUUAUGCCCUGCAGCUCUGGAGGUUGGAAGUCCAAAAUCAGUCUCGUGGGGCUAAACUCAGGGCUGGUUCCCUCCGGAGGCUCCAGGCGAGAACUGAUUCCCAGGCCUUCUCCAGCUUCUGGAGCCGCCCGCAUCCCUUGGCCGGGGGGCCCCUCCGCUACCUGCAGUGCACACCACUCCACCCUCUGCUUCUGUCCGCACGUCUCUGCCCUCUGACCCUGCUGUGUCCCUGUUCUCGGGCGCUGUGAUGGUGAUUAGGGUUCACUGAGACCACCCAGGAUACUCGCCCCGUCUCAAGGUCUGCACUUGCUCUCAUCUGCAGAGUCCCUUUGGCCAGGUGACACAGCCGUAAGUUCUGGGACGAGGGUGAGGACAUCUUUGGGAGCCGCCAGUCUGCCCACCAACCGCACUGGGUUCCUGCCCCUGCGCUGGCGCCUGUUCCCCGCAGAGGUUAACUGUCGCCCUGAAAGGUCCACGAGCUCCUGUAUCUGCAGGCCUGAGGCUUUAUUCCUGCAGCGUCUGGUUCACUCCACCUUUCAUUUAUUAAGCCGCCUUUUGAGGGCCAAGCCAGGGCACAAAGCUGAAGACGAAGCAGUCCCUGCUUGACCUUGUCCUAGGCAAAAGCCCUAAAAAUUCUAAAUGGUAACCACGUGUGUCAUUCUGUGCACCCCCUGAGGGAAUAUCUUGCAGGUUCAGUUAACAGUCUUGGGCCUGUGGCUGCCUUGACAGCUGGCCCACAGGUGGUAUUUGCUUAUUGGGAUCAAAAUAUGAAACUAGAAACAAGAAAAUACUGUCAGGAGUGCCAGCUAGUUUCAUUCGUCAAGCCCUUGUUGGGGCUCCACCCCGUCUCAGCAGGCGGUAGCCAGCGCCGUCCUCUGCUGCGUGCUUCCGGGUUCCCGUGCCUUCUCCCCGUCACCUUUGCGCGCCUCCCCUCCCUGCCCAGGCUGCGCAGGCCUCAGACCUCUUCCCUCCUGAUCCCACAGAUGCCCCGAGGCCCCGGCCUCCGCCGAGGCGGGCUUGAGGUUUGCGCACUUGCCCGCCCUCCCAGUCACAUGCGCGCUCCCUUGCUUCUGAGGGCCGAGCCGGGGCACAGAGCUGCGGCUGAGCAGGGGCCAUGAGCCCAGGCGCACAGGGCUGCCCUCCUCCUCCACACGGCACGUGAACACCUCUUGGGGAGCGUUAUGGAAAACCGGGUGCCCGGCCAGUCCAGACCAGCUUCAUCCGAAGCUCUGAGGGUGGGCCUGGCGCCGGCACUUUGAAGGGUCCCUCGGGUGUUGUGCAGCCCAGGUUCAGAGCAUUGUCCUAGAAGCUCAGAGGCCGGCGGAGGUAGAAACACAGACAUGUACAGGUCAUGGGAUUUGCUCCCUGUGUAUUUCAACAACAGCAACCCUCUUCUCACUGGGUCCUCCUAAGGGCCCUGCAGGGUAGACAGGGGCUGUUACCACCAUUUCGCAGGGGACCGCAGUGAGGCCUGGAUCUCAGUCCUAGGCACUCUGGUUGCUGAGAGCAUCCCACCCCCCCGACCCCUGCCCCGGUCUGUCUUCCAGAACUUUCUAAAGGGUGAGACAAAGGUUUGCGGAAAUGAGCUGAGGUCACUUUCUCCCUGAAGUUCCCAACCUGUCAGGUGACCAGUACUCUGUGGCGACGGAAAGGAGGGAGUCUGGAACAUCCCUUGACGGGUGCUCCCAUGGGGGGCGACACGGGGCCGUGUGCGGGGCGCUGGGCUGAGCCCCGUGUGCCACCAGGGCUGCCCACCCACACAGAUGGGGCCCCACAGGCACCUCUCCUCCCCGGGAAAGGUCACACAGCCCUGAGACUGGGUAGAGUGCAAAUCAAAGCCCCUCAGAAUUAAGAAGUUUCCCCCAUUGAGUGGAAUUUCACAGCCCAGUGGCCAAUUUCUAAGUCAUGCACAUUAAUGGGCAGCUAAUGAGGGACCCAGGCAGGACAGGGGUGUGCCCCGGGCGCCCAGAGCCGAGAUUAAGGAGUACAAAGCCAGGCCGCCCUGAGAGCCCUUGAUCUCCUUUCUCACUGCCUCGGGGUGGAUGUGGGGGGAGAGAGCCAUGUGAAUUCCGGAGGGGUGCGCCCCAGCCCCUCACAUCCUGCCGUCUGCUCACCCAUUCAUUCCGUCCCUUACGUGUCCGCUCCCAUCCGGGCACCAUCAGGGUCCGGGCGGGUGCAGGAGCCAGCGUGACACUGCUGGCUUUGAGAUGACACGCGCUCGGGGCUGAUUUCCGGACCUGGCCCCUGGCCAGCGCUCACGUUUUGAGCCUCUUGCCCCACCCGUGGGAGCCCUGCGCUCUACAGACCGCGGUGACAGCCCUCGGGAUUCAGAGUGAGGACGCGGGGAGCGCUUGCUGCAAGGCCUGGGUCACGGUGAGCACCGCUCACGUGGUCGCAGCAGAACUGCAGCCCACGACGCCGUCCAGCUCCGGGCUCCCUUUCUCCCGGAGCCCGUGGACAGGCUGGCCACUCAGCAGAUGGAGCAGAGCCCCCAAAGUAUAAACGGAGCCGCUGCAGGGAGGUGGCACGGUCGGGGGCUUGAGACCAUACAAGCAAAGCCUUUGGUGCUGAUCUCGACGGAGAAGGACUGAUUGAUUGGGGGAGGCGUUGAACAUGUUUAACUUACAGCAGCAGUUCUCAGGAAGGGGCCCCGGACCCCCUGAGUCAGAAACGCUGGUGAUGGAUCCCACACUCGGUGUUUUAACGUGCUCUCGGGGGGAUUUGAGCCUGGGCGCCAGGAAUAAACAGGUUCACCUCUGAAUUCAAGAUCCGACCUUCACGGGGCUGUGUUUUCCGGGUUGGGACUGUUUCCAGUAUUCUGCCGUCCUAGCCGACUGUAUCGGGUCGGAGAGGUAGUCUCUACUCAAAGUGUGGUCCAGGGACCGGCAGCACCCACCUCCGCAGAGCUCGCGAGAAACGUGGAGUCUGGGCUCCACCCCAGGUGGGACGAAUCAGCACCUGCCUGUUAACAAGACCCCAGAUGAUUCCAGUGCUCGUCUGCCUGGGGCGCCUCUCCAGAGCCUUUGCAUGCGUUCGGGGACGUGACCCCAGCACGUGCUCUCUAGGGCUCCCAUAAUUCAUGACGCAUUUGCCCACCCCGGUGGAGCUAGAGCCUUCCUCCCACCCCUCUGGGUCCUCUGAAGUGAGCCCGAGUCCCCGUCCCUGAUGGCCCAGGACUGUCUGUCGCCUUGAAGAUUGGACUUGGUGCCAUGGAGGGACAGACCCCAGGAGACAGAGGCCUUUCGGAAAAGCCGGUCCCCACGGCCACCCGCCCCAGUCUGUCCUCACUGGGUGCUGUCUUCAUUCUCCUGAAGUCCGCGCUGGGUGCCGGCCUGCUCAGCUUCCCGUGGGCCUUCCACAAGGCGGGUGGGGUGGCCCCCGCUUUCCUAGCGGAGCUGGUCUCCUUGGUCUUCCUGAUCAGUGGGCUGGUCAUCCUGGGCUAUGCCGCCUCCGUCAGUGGCCAGGCCACCUACCAGGGCGUGGUCGGAGGGCUGUGUGGCCCCACCAUCAGGAAGCUGUGUGAGGCCUGCUUCAUCGUCAACCUGCUCAUGAUCUCCGUGGCCUUCCUCAGGGUGAUCGGGGACCAGCUGGAGAAGUUGUGCGACCUGCUGCUGCCCGGCGCCCCGCCAGCCACGCAGCCCUGGUACACCGACCAGCGCUUCACCCUGACGCUGCUCUCCAUGCUGGCCAUCCUGCCCCUGUCUGCCCCACGUGAGAUCGGCUUCCAGAAAUACACAAGCAUCCUAGGCACCCUGGCCGCCUGCUACCUGGCCCUGGUCAUCGUGGCACAGUACUACCUCGGGCCCCAAGACCUCGCUCGUGAGCCCCACCUGGCAUCGAGUCCUUCCUCCUGGGCCUCCGUAUUUAGUGUCUUUCCCACCAUCUGCUUCGGAUUUCAGUGUCACGAAGCUGCCGUGUCCAUCUACUGCAGCAUGCGCCACCAGAGCCUCGGGCACUGGGCCCUCGUCUCCGUGCUGUCCUUGCUGGCCUGCUGCCUUGUCUACUCGCUGACAGGCGUGUACGGCUUCCUGACUUUUGGGACAGACGUUACUGCUGACAUCCUGAUGUCCUACCCAGGCAACGAUGGGGUCAUCAUCGUUGCCCGGGUCCUCUUCACUGUGUCCAUCGUGACUGUCUACCCCAUCGUGCUCUUCCUGGGGAGGUCAGUGAUGCAGGAUUUCUGGAGGAGGGGCUGCUGCUGGGCGUGUGGGCCCCAGCCCCUGGCCGAGCCCUCGGGGCCGUGGGUCCGGAUGUCGCUGACCGUCCUGUGGGUCACCGUGACGCUCGCCAUGGCCCUGUUCCUGCCUGACCUCAGCGAGAUCAUCGGCGUCAUCGGUGGCGUCAGCUCCUUCUUCAUCUUCAUCUUCCCAGGUCUGUGCCUCAUUUGUGCCAUCAGCGUGGAGCCCGUCGGACCCCGAGUUAAGUGCUUCCUGGAGGCCUGGGGGGUGGUCUCCGUGCUCGUCGGCACCUUCAUCUUCGGGCAGAGCACGGUGGCGGCUGUCAUGGAGCUGCUCUGAGGGGCGGCCCGCGGCCGAGCGGGAUGGGGUCUCCACGGCUGCCCUGGUCCGGCUGCCUGCAUCCAGCCGUGAGACCGAUGUUAUCUCAUCAUAAAGAUGCUGGAGAAACGGAUACGUUCUGCCUUCCCAGGCUGCUCAUUUGGGCUUCUGCUGGUUCCCAGGGUUUCUGGUGCAGUGGUGAGGAGUUUCUUAGUGUCCUGGGCCUGCCCUGCAAGUGACCACAGACUGGGGGCUUCUGGCAACAGCAGUGCAUUCUCUCACAGUCUGGAGGCUAGAAGUCUGAGAUCAAGGUGUGGGCGGGGCUGGCACCCUCCCUCUGCAGGCUCUAGGGGAUCGGUCCCUCCUGCCUCUUCCGGCUUCUGCUGGUUGCUGGCCAUCCUUGGUUCUCCUUGGCUUGUGGCUGCAUGCGUCCAAUUUCUGCCGCCUCCCUUGUGUGGCCGUCUUCCCUAUGUAUCUGUCUCAAUUUCCCUCUUACAGGCCUCACCCUACUUCAGUCUGGCUUCAUCUUAAUUACUUAAUUGGGAUCUGCAAAUAUCCUGUUUCCAAAUAAGGUCACAUUCACGGUUUCCAGAGGUUAGGGCUUAAACUGUGUCCCCCAGAAAAAUAAGUUAAACCCAUAACUGGGAGGCAGGUGCUGAGGCCCAGAGAGCCCUGCUUUGGGGUGCUGAGAUCAAAGACAGCGGGUGAGAGCCCAGAGGGCAUUUGGGGCGGCAUCCGUUGGGGAUGGCAGUGCCACGGCACGGGGGAAUGCCCAAGGAGAUGCGUGCCCAGAGCUGGCCACACAGCCUGUGCUUGGCCUCGCUCCAGUGGGGGGGGGGACCCGAGGAGAGCCCCCGCCCCUUCCGCUGGCUGGACCUGAAGAGCCUGGAGGCCAAGUGCGCUGUCUGCUCCAUGAUUCCCUCCCCGAUCCGGGGGUGAGGAACCACGCCUGGAGCUGCGGCUGAGGGGGCAGAGAUCUGCCCGCGGCCGGGGAGGAGAGGACGACGGGGCCAGGGGCUCCCGCGUCGCUGUCCCCGGCACUGACCCUGCCCAGGGCCCGGCAACCCCUGGAUGGAUGUUGCUGGAUCCAGGCCGCUCUUCCUCUGCCCUGGGACGUCUGCCAGGAGCCAGCAGUGCCAGAGCCUGCGUGGGCUGACGUCCUUCAGACACCUCCCUCCAGGGCUUUGCCCGUUCUGGACUUUCCACAUGAAUGGACGCAUACAAUACGUGGCCUUUUGUGUCUGGUUCCUUUGACUUAGCGUGAUGUUUUCAAACUCGCCCAUUUUCCAGGUGGAGGGGACUCUCAUAGGACUGAGCCUCAGAUUGGCCAUGAUCACGCAAGGACGUGAUGCACAGAAAUGCAGGCUGGGAUGCCACCCUCUGAUGUCUGAGCUCGUGAGGCAGGACGGCGGCCACAUGCCUCCCGUGGAAGGCUUGGGUUUUGAAGUGCACGCUGCAGGGGCGUUGGGUGCCUCCGCACUG